UGCCUACUUCUGCUUUGGGAAGCUGAAAGCCUAUAUAAACCGGUUGUUGAUAGAUAAAUGGGAGGUUAUCAUAUAAAGUGCAGGGGAAAGUCUGGGUAGGGAACUGUAGGCUAGGCUAAGGUGUGUGCAGAAAUUCAUGUUCAAGGAUUAGUGACAUUACAUGCAGCUGAGUUUAGGGUGCCUGGAGCAGAGUAACCGUGAAGCAAGGGAACAAGGAUGAGCCCAACUUUGAAGAGCCACCUCAGGAGAAAAGUAGCUCUAGUAGUCAAUGGUUUUGCAAACUGCAGAGAUCAAAUACUGCAUGAAGGUGAAAAUAGGCAGUUGGGUUCAUAAGGUGAUCACUCAUACCCUUACGGAGAUUUUUCUAUAGUAUGAUAAGAGCAGAAAUGACAUAGAAAUGUGUAGCUAUGAGAUUAUGUAGAUUUGAGUAUAUCAGGAAGUCACUGGUUUUGUUUUCUAAAGAUGUGAGGAGAUGUCGGCAUAUCUCUAAGGAAAUGGAGAAUCAAAGGUAGAUGAGAAAACAGGAGAGUCACCUCCGAGGUAAGAAGGGAAAGUAUGAACAUCGUAAAUCUGGGCGUGAUGGAGAGCAUUUCACUGAUGCUAAACAAAGUAUGUACAUACUCAUUAGCAUAUAGUAUGUUUAAGUUCGUCCUGGGAAUAAGAAGAGUAAAUUUUGUCAAAAAAUUAUCUUUUCCAACUUACCCCCACAUAGAAUUCAUUACAUUGCUUGACUUGCUUCCCCACUGGGUAACAAAUAUAUCUCUUAAUCUGUAUCAGCCCCAGACACUAGUAUAAUGCUUGCUGAAUUAUGAAAAUGGCAGCAAAGUACCACCGCUAAUAACACCCUAUCACAGAAAAGCCUACAAAAGUUUGCUGAAAAGCUAUUUUAGCAAUAAGGCAGGACCGAAGAGUAAUAACUAAUAAUAGGAUCUGACAAUAUUCAGAGGGUUUCCCAGGCAGGAAAACGGACUAAUAUUCAAGUCGACAUGUAUUUAGUGCCCUUGAGGCCUUGGAAAGGAACAGAAUUUAGUAUAAUCACAGUGUUAAUGGAAAAGUUUGUUUCCUGAGCGCCGCCUUUAGGGCACCUUAAAAGAUUCUCGGAGGAGAAACUGCCGCUGCGUCCACACUGACGUUCUAGGCUCGGCCUGGGUAAUCCGCCUGGGUGAUGAACCCGGGACGCGGGCGUCUGCGGCGGGCGCCGGGGGAUCCCUCUCCGGAAGCCGCUGCCCCGCGCCGCCGGAGCGUCCGGUUGCCCGGGAGACGCCGCGGCGGUUCCGCUCGGGAGUUGCGCCGGCGGUUGUCUGCGCAGAGCGACUCGCGCCGGAGCUGGCGCUGCUCGGGCAGCUCGAGACUGCAUCACUGUCGCUUCCAUCCGCGCCGUACAACACUGUACUUCGAGUCAAUCAGUACAGUAAUUUAAGUCAUUUCUACUAUAAUGGAAAAGUAUGAAAAAUUAGCUAAGAUUGGAGAAGGGUCUUAUGGGGUUGUAUUUAAAUGCAGAAACAAAACCUCUGGACAAGUGGUAGCUAUUAAAAAAUUUGUGGAAUCUGAAGAUGAUCCUGUCGUUAAGAAAAUAGCACUAAGAGAAAUACGUAUGUUGAAGCAAUUAAAACACCCAAACCUUGUGAACCUCAUUGAGGUGUUCAGGAGAAAAAGGAAAAUGCAUUUAGUUUUUGAAUACUGUGAUCAUACACUUUUAAAUGAGCUGGAAAGAAAGCCAAAUGGAGUUGCAGAAGGAGUGAUCAAAAGUGUAUUGUGGCAAACACUUCAAGCUCUUAAUUUCUGUCAUAAACAUAACUGUAUUCACAGAGAUGUAAAACCUGAAAAUAUUUUAAUAACUAAGCAAGGAAUAAUCAAGAUCUGUGACUUUGGGUUUGCACGAAUUCUGAUUCCAGGAGAUGCCUACACUGAUUAUGUUGCUACAAGAUGGUACCGAGCUCCUGAACUUCUUGUGGGAGAUACUCAGUAUGGUUCUUCAGUCGACGUAUGGGCUACUGGUUGCGUUUUUGCAGAGCUCCUGACAGGCCAGCCACUCUGGCCUGGAAAAUCAGAUGUGGAUCAACUUUAUCUGAUAAUCAGAACACUGGGAAAACUAAUCCCAAGACAUCAAUCUAUCUUUAAAAGUAACCAAUUUUUCCGUGGCAUCAGUAUUCCUGAACCAGAAGACAUGGAAACUCUUGAAGAAAAGUUCUCAGAUGCUCAUCCCGUGGCUUUGAAUUUCAUGAAGGAGUGUCUGAAGAUGAAUCCAGAUGACAGAUUAACAUGUGCUCAACUCUUAGAGAGCCCCUACUUUGAUUCUUUCCGAGAGGACCAAAUUAAAAGAAAAGCACGUAAUGAAGGAAGAAACAGAAGACGUCAGCAGAAUCAACUGUUGCCUCUCAUACCAGGAAGCCACAUCUCCCCCACACCUGAUGGAAGAAAACAAGUCCUCCAGUUAAAAUUUGAUCAUCUUCCAAACAUUUAGGAAAAUGUUCUUUCAAGUGGAAAGUAAUUUAAUAUGUACACAUUUUUUGUACGAGAGAGAUAGAAAUUCUCAGUAUUUCAAAUGCAAAUGAGCCAUACGAAAAUUAAGAUGCCUUUCUAGAAUUGUUUUGCUCUGAUCAUUACUGAUUCCUCUGCCCAUGCUUUUUACAUGCCAACUUUAUCUUUUAGAACAUUUUCUUUAAAUGUUAUAAAGUCUGAAACUGCACAUAUGGAGGAGACGUUUUCAAUUUCAUCAGAGCCGCCCUUCUUGAGGCAAUUUAUAUUGAGAAUUUGUGGGCUUAUACUUUGAUUUAUGAAAAAGAUUUAUGUUUUUCAUCUUUCUUCAGUUGAUCACAUAAUAUCUUAGAGCAAUCAGAUAGCUUGCCUGUUUGAUUUGUUGUUUGUGUAAAGAAUAACAUUAUAUUUCUGCAUUUUAAUUCACUCUUAUUGUAAUUCUGUUGAAUAAUGCCGGUAUUGUAUUCUGCGUUUUUAUAUUGGUAUAGAAAGGAAACCUUGAAAUGUCAUCUAGGCUUAUUUCUUGAUUCAGGGGCAGACUCUACUUUCUCUAUAUCAUGAGACAUUGACAAUUCUAUUUUUAAAGCUAGCUAGAGAAGAUUCCAUACAUUUACAUAGCAAAUUGUGGAUGAACCACAAGGAAUACCAUUCUCAUAAGAUCUGAGGAUAACUGACUGCUGACUCUACUGCUGUCCUUUGAUACAUCACAGUCUCUUAACCCUUUUCUCCUCAUGACAAAAUCAUCUCAGUACUAAACCUAUCUUCAUGGGUAUAUUUUCUAAAUGGUUUAUUGUCAGCAGUCUCUUCCAAACAUUUGCAUCCAUCACCUCUGUGAAUCUGUGCAGCCCUAAACCUGUGCUUCGUGAUCAAGUCAGGUAUGUAAACGUUUCUGAGAACAGGAAGAUUAUCUUUCACUUAACUUCAUUUUGUGUCUCUUACGAAAAAAAAGAAGCAAACAAACAAAACACCUCAAUAGGUGAGCCCAACUUAUACUGGAAUAUUUUCCCAAGUAAAUUUGACAGACAAACCUAUCUACAUACAUACAUAUGUACAUAUAUACACAUAUAUUUAUUAUUAUAAAUUCUGAAACACCAUGAUAGAUGCCUUAUAUCCUGGACAUCUAAGAAUGAUACAGAAUAUUUAAAGUAUUUUUACUUUGCUAACAAGGAAUUCAUGUAAAAUAAUAGCAUGGGGCUGUCCAUCACUGUCUAGCAUAAAGACACAAAAUAGUCGUGUUUCUAUCAAUAAAUAUUAUUUCGUUAACUCUUUUCUGCUCCUGGGCUUGGUGUGCUCACCUGAACAAUGUCAAUUUCUCCAAAUACACAUAAUUCCAAAAACUUUUUGUAUCUGGUACCGAGACAGCAAGCAUAAAUUGUUUUUAAGAAAACACAGUAAUGCCUUAUGUUCAUCUCUAAAAGUUUAUUGCACUUAUAAACCUAGCUAUGGAAACUUCCAGAGACUCUCAUUCAGUUAUUAGAGAGCUUCUCUUUACUGAGGAAUUAUGGCAUCUGAGCAGUAAUUCCUUGCUUACUGGAAGGAUACUCUAAGUGGGCUUAUUUGGCCAUUUAACAUUCUGAGUGUGAAUAUAAGCUGCUAGGGACUUAUUUUCAUCUUAUUAUCAAGAAUGUGCCUCUUCAGAUUUAUAUGUGCCUUGCAUUUUUAAUAAGGUGAUACAGGUACCAGGAAAAUGAGAAAUGAAAGAUCAAAGGGAACAUUGCUGAAAGAUUUAUUUUUAGCUUCCAUAUGUUUUUUUUUUUAUCAUGUAAACCUUCUUAUUGCCAAACCACUCAUGCUGCUCCAGUUCUCCUAAGUGUGUAUCUUAUAUAUUUAAUAACACACACACAUGCAGAAAUUAAGAAGACAGCAAGACUCCAUUACCCAUUUUUCUUAAUUGUAAUUGUGCCUCAAACAAUAAUAGAGUUUUUGGCAGGAGUUGGUAGGGUGACUGUCUUUCCUUACUUUUGCUCACAUUUAAGAAUUAAUUCAAACUAGCAUUUUACGAUUGUUUUUCCUUAGACAAAUCUAUCAUUUAGGUAUCACUGGAGAAGAGAAAGCGUCUAGUGCUUAGAAAAAUGUUCUGAGCAGGCAUAGUACCAGGAAGAAAAAUACUCUUCUGAUGGCAUUUGCAUACCCGACUUUCCCUGGGUGACCCAGGCCACAUAGCACUGCUGCUGCCUGAAUUACACAGGUGCACAGAUCUCAAACUGCAACUCCUGUUUUCAGUACAUAUUUCUCAUGUCUGUACUACACAGAUUUUUUUUUUUGCAUUUCUCAGCCACAUGGAAGACAAUUGCACUUCAAUGUCUAGUACCCAAUUUAAGUAAUGACUUGUAAAACUUAUCCUCAGCAAAUAGUCUUACCCCAGGAUCCUCGCAGAAGCCCACACCAUUCUGUGACCAUGCGUUUCCUUCACAGCCUUGUAUAGUUUCAGGUUUACCUGGGACUUGUGUCACUCGUGUCAGCUUUCCAGCUUUUUAAUUUAUUUAUAUGGCUCCUUUUUGGUGCUGUCCAAGUAUCAUACUGCCAUAGUGAGUGACACCACCUGAAUUCUCCCUUUUCUCUACCUCGGCCUUACCUCUUUGCACCCUGGUUUCCUCCAACUUUCCACAUACGUGCUUGAGAAUCUCCAAGCAGUUUAGUUUAGUUUGUUUGUUUGUUUUUUGCAGAGCACUUAACACAGAAUUAAAAAUUCAGACUCAACAACUUCUUAGUACUCCUGCUGCUUGGGGAAGAAGGAAAUACACCAUAGAAAAGGACAUUUAAUUAGAUCUGUAUCAGCCCUGUAAGCCUAUUUGCUUGGACUCUGUCUUUGGCCUCCAUUUCAGCCUUGGUGCUAUAUGAAUGUAGUAAUUGUUCCAAAUUGCCCAACCACAAAGCCCUGUUAGGGGGUCGCUUUUUGAAGAUUAUUUUAACUAGACUGAAUCAUUGACAAGUUGUGUUCAAGGCUUUCGAAUGCUUUGAUUUAGGGUAAAAAUAAAGCGCUGGGGUAGGGAAUGAAAAGGUGAGCAGGAAGCAGGUGUUCGUUCUAAGUUAGCUGUAUCACCGCUCAUCAUUGCUUGUGCAGAUUUCUCAAACUACAAGACAUAAGAAAGUUAUUUUGAAAAAAACUUCAAUUGCGAAAAUGUUUUAUGGUUUUUUAGCUUACUUGCGUGGAAUUACAGUUUUUUCAAAAAGGCAGCACUUUCUUAGUCAUUUGCUACCACCAAUGAUUUCAAAUCAUGGUUUUAGAACAAAUGGCACAGAAUUCUCCCCCCCGCCCCAAAUUUUUUAAAUUACAACAUACUACUGGAAGAGGAAUGAUCCUAGAAUUCCACAAACAGUAAAAUCUUGAAAAAAUUGAGGGGUCAAUGUAAGAUAUAAGCUAAAUCACAAAUAGAUUUUUAAAUGCAUGUAGUUAAGACAUAAAGAUAAAAUGUCACUUACAAGUUAAUAUUCUCGGGAUAUGUGUGUGUGUCUUUAAUUAAAAUCAUUAACUCAACAACUUCAUUCUUGUUUUAAUAGAUGACUAAAAGUCUUUAAGAGUGGUAGUGUAGAGAAUAAUAGAAAUAUUAUAUGGUCUGGAAGUUAGAACACCGGGUUCCUGACCUGGCUUGCAACUCUGUGUGGCCUUGUCACGACAUUUAACUUUUCUGUGCCUUCAUUUUCUCAUUUGUAAGAGAGCAGAGAAGCUAGACGAUCUAAGGCUCUCUUUCAGCUCUAAAGUUCUGUGAUUCUCUGCAGCACAUGGUAUGAUGUAUCUUCUACUAGAAGAGGCUUUCUAGAGAUUGUUUUUCAUUAACAAUACCAAGAUAAAUUUUGAUGUUUAUGAUCUAGCCAGAAGCAAGGAGAUCUCUCUUUUUUUCUCUCUCUCGUCUCUUUCUUGCUUGAUUUCUUUGACACACACACAAACACACACAAUACUACUCCCUGCUAGUUCUAUCAAGUCAAUAGUACUUUUCAAAGAAACAUCUAGUGGAAGUUAGAUAUAAAUUAAAGUGGAUUUUAAAGCAAAUUAUUACUAGAUUUUAAUGUAAAUAAAAUGGGUGUACUUUUAAAAUGCAGAAAAAUAUGUAAUCAUUCUUUGAUGUUUAACUCUAGCUUGGAAAUGACACAUAUACUGUGAAAUAUUAAUUAAGACAACCAUUAAGGCAAAGAACAUUUGGUACAUUUCUAACUUGAGUAAAACUUUUAGUAGUUUCCAUAAAUGAUAACUUAAUGGAGUUCUACAAAUAUAUCUGAAUUAUAUUGUUUUAUGUUUCAGCAGCAGGGACUCGGACACAGUCAACUUUAUAUAUAACCUAUAAUUUACUCAAGCUGAGAAUUGGUUACCCUACUUAACAGGCAUAUAAAUGACUUGUAUUUAUAAAGUUAAAAGUUUUCUGUUGUGAACACUAGUCAUUGACCAUAUCUCUCAAUAUUGUCACAUUGAAGAUGUUGUGUGUCUACUUAUUAUUUUAGAACAUAUUAGUAUAGAAGCAGGUCUAUUUUAGAUCACAUGAAAUUAUAGCUCUCUGUUAAUUAGCAUUUGAUAAUUAGCACAAUGGCAAUUGAUGCUACUAGAAACAAUUCACUACGAAGCCUUUUUAGUUGUUUUAUAUUAACUAUAUAAAUACAUAAUAUUUUUAAAAUUUAGCUUAAGAUGGUUAGAAAACCUUAGUGUGGGAUUAAAUACUUUGGUGACUUUAUAUCUGUAUAUAUAACUUAACUUGAAUAUGUUCUUUAGCUUAUUUUAAUAAAAGUUAGAAGUA